GUAUCUUCAAUGCAUAGAAUUGUGAGUCUGUGGUCGUGUCCGCACAGUGCACGCCACCCCACCCACGCAUCAACGCACACAUCAGCAAAUAAAUGGAGACAGUCAUUCACAAGACAACAAGGCAUGCACACACACAAUGUACCAUAGGCAGCCAGCUACCGAAAGCCAGGCGGUACAGGAUACUCAGGGCUUUCCUCAUUCUUCCUUCUCCUCUCCGGUACUGGCCUCUCCUCCCCCUCCCCCUCCCUCGUGCUUCCUGUCUGCCCUCCCUCCCCCGUGCUGCCUUCCUCCUGCCUGAGAGACUCAUACACCUGCUUCCUCUGCUGCUGCCUCGCACGCUGCCUCCUCAGCUCAGCCCUGUCCAUCACCUUAAUGCCCUCCUCCUCGUCAAGCAGCUUCUCCAGCUGCUCUGUGACCUUCCUCUCCACCCGGCUCUCCAACGCACUCUGCAGCCCGUCGCUCACCCUCCUGUCCGCCGGCCUGCUGGUGGCACUCAGCCCAUCGAGCGUCUGCUGGAUCGCCCGGACGGUCUUGCUCUUCAUGGCCCUCUUGCGCAACGACUCGAGCAGCCGGGGGUUCUUCCCUCUUUCCUCCCGCUUGGCCAGUCGCUGCACAUAAGUGGCUACCAUCCACGCGUCAGACAUGAAGUAGCUCGUGUCGUUGACGCCUCCGUCCUUGCGAGCGAUGGUUGGGAAGUUGGGGAUCUUCUCUUUGACGUACUCGAGCACCUCGCUGCGGCUCUCGAGAAGACGGCCGGCGCGUGUGGCGAGGAACUCCCUGGCUGUGCGCAGGUAGACGGGGCGGGGCGACACGCCGAGCAGCCGCGGAAUGUCAUGCGAGAGGAUGCCGACCAGCUUCUGGAUCUCAGUGACCUUCUGCAGGUCCUUGCCCGGGUUGGGCACACGACUGUACUCCUGCAUACCAACCGUCCACUCGAGCAGCCUCUGGGGGUCGGCUGCCUGUGGCUGCUGGGCGUGCUGCGGGUGUUGCUGCGACAGCUCCUUAGUGAGCACUUGCAGCUGGCCCGUCUUCAGAACGUUGAGCACACCCAUAACCUCCACGGCCUUCUCGUUGACGUUGGGCAGACUCGACAGGUCGAUGAGGCCCACCUUCAGAGGCUUCGUGUCAUAAGUCAUGAGCGCAUACCCGGCGCAGUGACGCGACACGCAGAGGCCCAGCACCAGCCGCCUUCUCAGAUCCACGUUGGCGUGCGGCUGCUGCCCAUCGCCAUCAUCGUCGGCAUUGCUGUCGCUCUCUGGGGCGAAGAAGGGGCUGGGGCUGGUGGGAGAUGAGGAUGCAUCGGAGGAGAAGCCGCGUUGAUGAGAUAGAUGAGAUGAACAGCAUCUUCUGAUUUGCCGCCUUGAGGAAUGGAGCAGGCACAAAGAUCUUGCAGACGGCAACAUCGAUUGGGCCAGCGUACUCGCUUUGGGGGGGAAGAC